GAUCUCCAUGUCUAUUUGACUCUUUGUUGUCUUCGUGCUGGACAUGUAUGUGGCUUUGAUCCUCGAUGCAGCGGUUUUUGUUUUUGUCUCGUGAGGACAUUCAACAUCUGGAGACACUGAAGAGACAAAAUCAAACAUCGUCAUUGACUUGAAGUUAAAGAUCCCGUGGGGUCGGCUUGUUUUCUCCACCAGCUCCAGAAAAACACUCGGCCCAUCCGGGGGAGGAGACGGUGCCGUUCAGCCGUGUCAACGUGGACAUGUUCGAUUCCCGAGUCGUCGAGCGGUUCCAGGACGUGUCCAACAUGUCGGACAUCAACAAGGCGAAUCCGCACGGCUGCGAAAACGGAGCCCUGACGGACCGGUUCGGGGUUCUGAUCCAGGCGCUGCUGGCCGCGGUCGCCUUCAGCACGUUGAUGCUGAAGAGAUUCCGUGAGCCUGCUGGGAUCCGACGACCGUGGAGGAUCUGGUUUUACGACACGUCCAAACAGGCCAUCGGCGCCCUCUUCAUCCACUUUGCCAACGUCUUCCUCUCCACGCUCACCGAAGAGGACCCCUGCUCGCUGUAUCUGAUGAACUUCCUGCUGGACGCCACGCUGGGGAUGCUGGUCAUCUGGCUCGCCAUCAAGUGCGUGUCCAAGCUGGUGGAGUACAAGCAGUGGACGCUGCUGAUGUUCGGGGAGUACGGCGACCCCCCUCAGGCGGCGGCGUGGCUCGGGCAGUGUGGCGUCUACCUGCUCAUCAUGGUGCUGGAGAAAGGUUCCAUCAGCCUGGUGCUGCUCGUCCCCGGAUGGUCCAAGCUGCAGGAGGUGUUGCUGGGCUACAUCGCUAACCCUCAGCUGGAGCUGGUGCUGGUCAUGCUCAUCGUGCCCUUCAUCGUCAACUCCAUCAUGUUCUGGGUGGUGGACAGCCUGAUGAUGAGGAAGUACAAGACGAUGAAGGGCCUGGACGACUCCUGCGACAGCUCGGUGCAGAAGGCCGACUCGCCGCCUGGUGUGGACGGCGAGGAGUCACGGGUGCUGUUGACCGAGACGGACACAGAUGAGACGUCAUCGGAGGAGGGAAGAGGAGGAUCCUGGUGAUGAGGGACCAGUCCCCAGUGUGCAUUAUUCAGGGGGACCAAUAAGACCCAGCUGGGUGCUGGUGUAAAACCAGGUGACAUCCGACUCAUCAAUCCACUGUCCAAUCACACUUAGGAGCCCAAAUACGGACAAGGACAAAAAGCCUUGCGUCCUCAUGUCCUCAGAUUAAAGGUCUAAAUAUCUAAAGGUUGUAUAACUUGUGAAUGUGAACACUGCAGCUGCCUUCUUCUUCUGCACUGAAGGUGUGAAUCGUUACAGGUGGAGCCCGACUCUGUAGAUGCAUGAAAAACCAAACUGCAUUCUGGGAUUUUUAAAAAGCUCUUUAUCCUCUCACCGUGCUGCCUCUGCUCUGCUGCAGCUCGGCUUCAGAGCUCGACCACAUCUGAACGUGUGAGGAGAGAUUAUCCAGAAGCAGCCGCAGGGCAAAGCAAACAUGAGAGUGAAAUUAAUCCGUCCUUCUUUUCCACAACGGGGGACUCUUUACAUAUAUAUCAAAAAGUGCUUUAAAGCUUUACUCAAUCAAAUAUAAUCACUUCAAAUCUGCCUUUUAUUAACGAAGGUGUAAUUAUAGUCAUGGUUUUACUCCUUUGCUGCUUUUAAAGAGACGAGAUGUGGGAAACUGCUCAGUGGUGGAGAAAAGGACCAAGUCACACAAUGAUUAGUAAAACACAACAGACAAGUUAUUUUGAGUCUGUCACAAUUAAUUAAUGACGAUAUAUAUAUAUAAAUGAAAAAUAAAGGAAUCAUUAAAGAAAAUAUGAGAUUAGCAGUAAUUGAGAAAAAUAUGUCACUUAUAUUAAGUCUAAAAUUAAGAGACGAAUGAGUAUUUAAACUUUUUGAUUUAAAUGAGAGAAUCAAAACAAAUCUUGUGUCAGUCUGUUAAACACGUAGCGGGUUAGCUUAGCUUAGCAUCAAGACUGUAAAUUGGUUUGGCUCCGUCGAUAAGCCAGUUAUCAUACAGAUGUGAGUAAAAUGGUAUUAAUAUCCUCAAAAAUACAUAUUUUACAAAAUGGGAGACGAUUCCUCUAAAGACGUUUUCUUUAUUUUGUCCAUAUUGAAACACAAAAGUUAUUCUAUAGUAACAGAACUGUCCCUGUGAAAGGUUCUACUCCCUCGUGGUCGUUCUCUCUGUGGGAGGACGCAGCAGCUGUUUGCAACUCGUGGCACAUGUCUUUAUUUAUUCUGUUUAUAUUUUAUAUAAGUAUUUGACUUUACAUAUAUUGUGCUCUGAUCUGUGGUGACAACAGUGGAAUGUUUUUUUUAGCGUGUGAUGUAAACGGGAGAAAUUUCCCAGUCGUCGCCAAACAACAGUUUUAAAUUCCGACUGAAUCAAAGAAGUUGACUUUUCUAUAUUAAUCAUCAAACAUGUCAGUUUUACUUGUUUACAUUUAUAGAUUUCCCAUAUU